AUGGGACGCAAAAAAAUUGACAUAAAGAAGAUUAACGACGAAAAAACCCUUCUGGUGACCUUCGCCAAGCGAAAGGUUGGCCUUUUCAAUAAGGCCUUCGAGUUGAGCCAGCUUUGUGAAUGCCAGGUGGCCAUCCUUAUCUUUACCAACAAGAACCGGUUGCAUAAGUUUGCCAGUCAUGACCUCGACAGUAUCGUGAAGCGCUACAAUGAGGAACCAGAAUGCGGAGAGCUCACAACGAGCGAACACAUUAUUAAGCGGCGCGAAAAGAAAAAGCAGUCCAAACUGUCACAGUCGGAUGAAAAAGCCCUGGACGGGCAGUACUCUCUGAACUGCGGAGGAGGAGGAGGCGACAGUGACUACGAUGGACCCAUCGACGACGAGGCAUUACGCACCACCGCUAAUUACGGCCACCUGAUAGUCCACUCCGGCCUCCCGCAGCACAACGAGGGCCUCCACUUAAAGCCCGUCUUCGCAACAAGCAGCGGUGAGGAGCAGGCGGUUGUAGUUCAGAUGGGUUCUCAGUUGGAGAAUUGUACAUAUGUUGAUCCCAGCUUCGUCCAAUCCUAUGACUUUGACUCUACCGUUAGUUUCAAUGCGAACGAUCCUACUGUACCUCAACUCCAUCAGGGCCUAAAUGGGCAGAUGAACUGCAAACUUCCCACAGAGUUCUCCCGUGUAACCAUUGCAAGCAGCACCGUGUCGGACAAAGCGCUCGUAAAUCACGUCAACUGUGGACCACGGUUUGUGGGCGGCAGUCUUGUCCACGAGAAAGGCAAAAACGUGGCCAGCCAAACCUCAGGAACCCGUAUUCCGAUUGGUAGUUUACUCACGAGUCGUCCACCUGGCUUCGGUGAUGGGGUGAAGUGUUUCGACCCCACCAUCGCAUCUCCCCCUCACAACAUCAAAAAAGGAGAGUCGCCACGCAAAUUCCCCCGACGAAUCACCACGACAGAUUCAGACCUCUGCACACCGGAGCCUCGCCCAAGAACAACGCCCGUAUUUAUAACCGAAAAUACAGACGUCAUGCAGGCAUGGAGCCGAGUUCCCUCCGACCCUUCGGAUCAGGAGAGCAUGGCCAAGCAGGAGGACGGUGGGGUUAAUGGUAUGACUCAGCCCUCUCCUAAUGCGCGUCGCUCCGUGGUUGUGAAAAUAGCGCUAAUUCACCUUAAAGCUAGGCAUUUUGAACUUUUCGCCCAGUUUUCCUUGCUUCUCAUUACCUGGGAAGCGCUUCAGUUGCUCGUGUGCUGCGCCAACCCCGCCAGUUCCUUUGCGCCAGACGGUUUGCCAGGAGUGAAAUCACACCUGUGCAGCGCGUCUCGUGACGCCAAAUAUCUUGUUGUGUGGGUAGUCCUCCCAGCGCAGUAA